AUGGCGUUCAACGGAGACGGACCACACUCCAAGAGGCAGCGACUCGAGGAAUCCGGCCACAGGAAUCACGAGUAUGGCGGGUACGGUGACGAGCCGCGACGUAAAAGAGAAGACAAUAAUAAGCCAAAUCACGUUCUCCUCUUCACAAUUAUCAACCCAGUCUACCCCAUCACUGUGGAAGUAUUGCACACUAUCAGUGCGCCCAGCGGGCAAGUACAACGCAUCGUUAUCUUCAAGAAGAACGGCGUUCAGGCGAUGGUCGAGUUCGACUCGGUCGAAUCGGCAACGAGGGCGAAGGAGACACUUCACGGAGCAGACAUAUACUCCGGCUGCUGCACACUGAAGAUCGACUUCGCCAAGCCCACCAAAUUGAACGUGUACAAAAACGAUGCGGAAAGCUGGGACUACACGACGCCGACGUUGGGAUCAAGUGCACACAAAAACGAUGCGACAGGAAAUGGAAGACCAGCUCCUCUUUUGGCGGAACCCAGAUACGGCGCCGCACCUCAGCCAUACGGAUCCACGCCACAGGUAACUUUCCCCCCGGGUACUGGUCACGAUCGUUACGAGGAGAAUUUCAAUGGACCAGCAACAUAUGCGGAACCGUAUGUUGAACGUUAUGGUAUUAAGAGUGAAUUUAGCGGUCGAGAGCCUUUACAUCCCACGCCACCGCGACCCGGUUACGUACCCACCUUGGGACAAACACCGCCAUCCAGCACUCAAGGCUCCGUGAUGAUGGUAUACGGACUACAGCCGGAUAAAGUAAAUACCGACAAGCUGUUCAAUUUGUUCUGCCUGUACGGGAAUGUAACGAAGGUGAAGUUCUUGAAGACGAAAGAGGGUUGCGCUAUGAUCCAGAUGGGUGACAGCAUAGCCGUGGAACGGUGUUUACAGAAUCUGAACAACGUGACGAUCGGUACAGACGGGAGGUUGCAGCUCGGCUUCUCGAAGCAGGCUUUCCUAUCGGACGUCACCAACCCGUACAUUCUGCCCGACAAGACGGCGAGCUUCAAGGAUUUUACCGGAAGCAAGAAUAACAGGUUCCUAAAUCCAGCAAUGGCCAAUAAGAAUAGAAUACAACCACCCUCGAAAAUAGUCCACUUUUUCAAUACGCCUCCGGAUUUAACUGAGGAGACCGUGCACCGCGUGUUCGUGGAACGUGGUAUCGAGGCGCCAACGACAGUGAAACUGUUCCCCCUUAAAUCGGAACGAUCGUCGUCCGGCCUCAUCGAAUUCAGCAGCGUUGGGAUUGCGGUAGCUGCCAUCAUGGAAUGUAAUCACACGGCGCUAGAGAACAGCAACGGCAAAUUCCCGUACAUCAUGAAGCUGUGUUUCUCGUCGUCCCGUACCAUACCAACGAGUUUCCCACCGAGCAGCGGCAGCACGUCGAGCAAUUCCGCUGGUAAUGGCCACGUCAAAAUGCAGCAGGACUCGGAAUAGAACGGCGAGGUCCAGGGCCAGCAGCGUCAGCGUCAGCGCCAGCGUCCCUCUCUCGCCCUGCACUCGUUGUGUGCCCCGACGGGCACGGCCCUGCACCCAGCCGCAGCGAUCACACUAUCCCCGGUCUUACCGCCACCCGUACCGCCUCCAUUGCCGCCUGCCUGCGUCCUGAUCGCCACCCCGACAUUGUAUCCGACCGUGCCACCGCCGCCACCUCCUCCGCUGCCUACGUUCUGGCCGUACUGAUGGGAGAGAGAAAAUGAGUGAGAGAGGAGUGCAGCGGGCCUACUCGCCGGACGAGACACCAAUUGAAUGAAGAAAAAAUGCCAUCACGUCCCCAGUUUUCUUCUACGUCUGUCACUUCUUCUACUCCUCCUCCUCGUCGCGUGGCGAUCACCUGGCUCAAGUAUCAGACGCUGGUCGCUGGAAGAAUAAUCAGUUCCGUUCGAGGGUCAGCGCGUGGCGGAGCUCACGGCUUCGAGAAUCGGGAUAAACAAAAUGUCGUAAAAUUCUCGUCGGAGAAGAUACGAUUUGCGACGUUCGUCGACAGGAAUUGGAACAUGAUACGGGUGGACUGUGCACCCGAAGGUCAUCGAGGAUCGUCCGCGUAUAACCGAAAGUGAAAAUGUGAAACGAAAAAGCGAAACACACACCAUUGAGAGGCAGCGAUAUUCUUGUUUUUUUUUGUACUGGUUAUUUACCGAUCAUCGUACACACUCUACUUCUUUCUUUCUUCUUCUUCCUUCGUUUGAUUUCGUUUCAUCUUGAUUGGUUCCCUUCGUUAGAUUCUCUUUCAUUGUUUAUCGUGUUUGAGUUUCAACUUUUGGUUUCUUCUUUCCCUUCUUGCGUUGCAUUGGCGAGGUCCGGGUAUACGUGCUUAGUCCGUAGCGCGGAGAUCCUGAAACGGAUCGAAACACCGCACGCUACAAGUGUUAUCAGUAUUAUGUAUCAAAGCGGAUCCUCUCCGUCAUCGGCGGAACAUUUUUUUGAGGAACGGAACACAAGUGGCGAGAGAGAGUACUUCGGUGUUAAACAAAAAUAUAAGAAACAUUCGAGAGAGGAUUCGAUUCGUCGUGUUCGCGGAAGUUUCUUUCCUUCCGUUAGACGCGAGGAUCGAUCAUAAAUUGUCUUGUACAUAUUGAGGGAGAUAAAGCUCGGGAGAAGUCUUAGCGUCUAAUGGGGACGAUCUGCCGCGGUCGACGAAUAUUACAUAUCAUAGGUCGAGGAAGAGAAUAAAUUUCGCAAACAACUCGUCGAUUUUAAAAUGCUGCUUCGAGGACUAAAGAAGAAAACGGAAUAAGCGACGGUUCCUCACGAAGCAGACGGACCAGAAACGCAACUAGUUCGUUUCCACGUUGACCCAGCGUUUCACUUAUUGUGCGACGACGAGCCGACACGUAUGUAUUUUUGUCCAUUAUUCGUUUCGAUGAUGCGCGCGUGUACCGUUUCCAAAGGACUCGUCAGAUCAUUGAAAGACUCGCACGCGUAACGAACCUUCCACGUGCAUGCGUUAAGAAAUAAUUGAUAAACAGGAGAAGCAAACGCAAGAAAAUUUACGUCUCCUCGACGAUAGAGGAUAUCUCGAAGCCGAAUGUACCGCGUUCCUCGUUGACCAUUUCUCAUGGGAUCCAAACAAAAAUAAAUCGGAGGUUCCUCAUUGACCAUUAGAAGCUACAACACUGGAUACAAUUUUCUAAGAGUGAUCAGAGGAUCUAGAUCAAUUGUGCACGCAAUAUUCGCCUACAUAAACUAUGCAAGUUGCACUAUUAAAAAAAAGAAGUACAUAAAUACAAUAAUACAUCCGACUCGCGAGAACCUUUUGCUGUACAGUAAAGAGAGAACAAAUAAAUAAA